UGUUGGGGGCUGUUGACGUAUUUGCUUGUAUCGCGGGCUGCUUCACUCUUUCCUACCUAUUUAAAUGCUAUAUGUUUUUAAUUUGGGCUGUGCAGACUGUUAAAGCUCGAACGCAUUUCGUGUUUAUAUUAUAAUACGGGCUUGCUGUAAUUGUUUUCCUGCAGCGUUUACUGGCUUUCCUUAACUGUAAGCGCAAAUAUGUGUGUGCGCGUAUGGCGCAGGUUCCUGGCGUGCAAAACGAUUUGCAGGUUGAUCUUCCUUGGGUUAGAAUUCUGGCAGCAGUUCUGAUGUUGCCUUUCGGUACCGACGCGCCAUUUAAAUUCGCCAUGAUAAGUGUUUUUUUUUUUUUUUGCCUUACCCAAUCUUUAGUACUUCACAGCUGGCUCAGGUUGCCAGAAGUUACGCAUGCUUCGAUGGUAUUGUAUGUUUGUGAAGCGAGUUCCCCUUUGUGCGGUAUGUUCAUGUUAUUUCUGGUUUGUUGUCGAGCCUACAAUAUCGAUGCGUUUUACCUCGGCUACACGCUCCCCAUGACCUAGCUGUUUCUAUUGCACAUGUUUCGCGCGUGGGAUCUAACGCCACGUGGUGUACCUUGUGUUUGCGCCGUCGCAGCUAGUUUUUUUUUUUUUUAAUAAAUACCACGCCGCUUUACUGUAUGCUCUUACUCCCAUCUGCCUAAUUCUGAGUAAUUUAUACGGUGUGCACGCGUGGCUUAAUCGCUGAAAUGCAUGGUUCUGUAAAAGACACUACGCAGUGACACUUUAAAUAAGUGUCGAAAGAAAUCGUACAAGACACAAGAUGAGCGAUUCAAGUGCGAAGGGGAACCAGUCCCUAUCUUCGAAGGAUAAAGAUGGGGCUGAGAAGCGAGGCAGAGGCCGACCGCGCAAGCAACCUGAAGCAAAGACCACCACCGAGCAACAAGAACCCAGCGGUGCCCCUACUGCCAAAAGACCCCGGGGAAGACCAAAGGGCAGUAAAAACAAAAGCACCUCCAAGAGCAGAAAGUCUUCUGGUGCUACAGAAGGAAAACCUAGAGGAAGACCUAAAAAAGCAGAGAAGGGAGAAGAGGAAGAACAGGGAUCCCAGGAAUCUUCAGAAGAGGAAGAACAGUAAAGGCGUUGCAACCGAACUACCUCAUGACUAAACGUACUGACUUCCUGUCAUUGAUCUGGACUGAAACUAGAUUGUCCCCUACUCUGAAGCUGUCAACCCCCUCCCCCCUUUUUUUCUUAUUUUUAAAUCUGGUGCUCCACUCAACAUGGCACCCUCUGCAUUUAUGCCACCUGCUAUUUGCUACAGCACUGGAAAAACUUGUUAUAUUUAGAGCGAGAGAGAGAGAGACACUACAAACUGGUGACUAUUUUAUUUUACAGUUCAUUAUGGGUUUUAGGCAUUUACAUUUUAUACUGGACAAAGGUGACUUUACAUAACCUACAAGUUUUUUUUUUUUUUUGGAUUUUAAUAAUUUUUGUGUGAGGUGCAAAACUUGUUAGUCUCAUGCCUGUAUAGUAGUUUUGCUUUUAUUCAUAAAUGAAUGUUAAAUGUGUUGCCCUCCAUAGUUCGGUCAAAGACUUCCUUCUGUCUGGCUUCAUGACUGCAUUUACCGUUUUUGGAGGAAACUGACUGCAAUAAUUGGAAAAUGGUGGUGGCGGUGAGGGUUUGGGAGAUGUAACGACCUGAACUGCACAGAUUUUAUUUUGUCUAAGGCUUAGUGACUUUUUAAUAAAAAUUUUAAGAUCUUUGGACAAAAAACUAUUAAAUGCUUUGUGGAUGGGUUCAGUCUAGUUGCCCUGCAUGCAGUUUUUGUAUGUGGUUGGUUAGCUCUACUGCUCCUACUCCUAAUACAUUUCAUUGUCUUAAACCAGCACGUGCAUAACUUUUCCUUUCUGAUUUUGUUUAGUGCAUAUCUGUGAUACUGGCAUUUUAUAAACCAACACCCCAAAAAAGUGACUGCUGCACUGAAGUAGAUACUUCUGUGAGGGACCAUUUCCUCUAUAGAGGAAAUUCUGCUCAAACUCCCAACCCCCUUCCUUUUUGUGUCUGUGCUGAAUUUACUCAGGUUAUGGAAUAGUGAAGGAGACAAAACUUCUGUUUUUUUUUUUUUUUUUUUUUUUUUUUUUUUUUUUUUUAACCCCAAAGGAUGGUUUCCGUGUAUAAAUAUUUAACCCAGUGACAAAGGAAGCUAGGUUUCUGUGUUGGCCAGAUUAAAGUGUGACGCCAGCAGAAGUGGAUGCUGUAAAGAUAAAAUAUCAAGUUAUGGCUGCAGAACUGGCUUCUUUACCUUUGCAAUUAAAGAAGUGUUUAUGAUUAUAAAUAAAGUUCUGCACUUAAACACCUGUCCCCAUUUUGCAAUUUAAGAGUGCCACAUGUCCUACAUUUUCUGUGAUUUCCACACUCCAAAUGAUCAGCAGAGCAUGCUGAUUGCCAUUUCAAACUUGUGUAAUAAAGUUGUGUAACACUUGAUUCAGUUGAGCUAUGGAUGCAGUGUCAGUAACUUUAUUUGGCAUCUUGUAGUGUGAAAUGUAACACAUUGUUCAUUACUUCACAAAAAGCAGUGAAAAGCUCUAAAUGGGUAGAAAAUGGUCUAAUAACUGAACUUUUGUGAUUUUUAGUUUGACUAUAUUAGGAGUGUCACUGGAAAGAAUUUUUAAAGGUCUCUUUUAUAAACAUUAACAUCUUACUGUAGAGGACCCCUGCUUCAGAUGGGUUUUCUCUUCUCCUAUAGUAGGUAGUAGGGUUGGGGUUUUUUUUUUUGGGGUAUGUGUGUUGGGGGGUGUUUUUGCUUUGUUUUGACUCCCCAACCAAAGUUUCCAUGUGUGUUUUUGUGUGCUGACACACUGACAUGGGUUUCAUGUAAUGUGUUUUUUGGUUGCUUGCUUAAACAAAAGGUAGAAAUAUCCAAAUGCUGUUGAUAGGUCUCAUCAUUCAAGAAUGGUAAUUUCUAGUAAAUGUGGGUUGUUUUGUUGGUGGUCCCUGUAAGGUUUUGUGCAGAGCUGCAGGCUGUUCAAUAGUGUGUUCGGUGAGGGAGCAUGCUGAAUAACUUGUGUUCCUGUACCAAACUGCUGCUGUAUGGAAACAAGGAUUGCCUUUCAUGUCUGUUUCAUACUAAAGAGAUUCCUCAAGUAUGCACCUCCUUCACAUCAGCUCAGUAAACAUUUUUGGUGACUACCUCCUAGAUAACAUUUUUCAAGUCUUUUAAUAAAUGCUGCUCUACCUGGUGAUGGAAAACAAUCUUGCACCCACUGGACAGCAGGGUGAAAUCAUGCUUAAUAGGCAUUUUGUGUUUUAUUUUCUGUCUGUUUUUGUGUGGAUCAGGCUGGUAAGGGGGUGUAUGGAGUAUCAAAUUAAUUAAUUUGGCCUUGAAUAUUUCCAAAAACUUUUUUUUUCAUAACUCAAGUGCGUCAUUUGAAGCAUGGAUUUGAUAUUGAUGUCUGCAUCAUAAAAUACAUGUUCUGCUUUUGAAUGACGUGGUUACUUCAAGCCUUCCAUUCACUAAAACCCCACCCCCUUUCCAGCUAAGUAUAUGAGCGUACUCUCUCUCAUGCAUCCAUUACUAAAUUGGCUCUGGCUGAGCUAUUCUGUCUUGUAGCCUUAAUUGGAACACACUGGAUGCAGAAAGCUGCUUUUUAUUUUGUGAGACUCAUCUUUUCAGCUCUUCCAGUCUGCUUGCAUGACAUCUGAACUUCUGCCAGUCUCUAGUCCAUUCGUCUUGGACUGCAUUUAAAAACCUCCUUUUGGUCAGAUAUUUCAAAACCAGGUUCUCAAUAAGCUGCUAUUCAAGGUUGUUUUUGUUUUCUCUCUCAAAACAUGCAAACAGCCUUGUAUCUUCUGAGGAGUUGAUGCUCUGUGUAAAUGAAAGCUAUAUAUAAUGUAGCUAAAGUGUUUUAGCAUUUGCCAUUGUUGAAGUGUACAUUUGGUUGCAGGAAAAAGUCGCCCCAAACCCAAAAAAAAAAGGAUGCUGCCUGCCUAAGCUGGUGGGCAUGGUGAUUCAGUAGUGACCGUAGUUUCUGGGAGUCGCCAUUUGUAGCUUAGCAGAAAUUUUAUACAGUGCUGGCUACUGGAAUUACAUUGUUUUAGUUAUACCACACUCACCUGGUAAAUGCUAGCACUAAGAUUUUAAUUGUCAAUGGCUGUCUAGACACACAAGGGCUCAUACAGUCUAUUUUCUUUUUUUCCUCUGAGGGGCUGGGCCUAAAAUGCCUCAGCUCCGAGGCAGUUUCUGUAAUUUUAAGACAGAAUGGGGAUGUGAAUGGAGUAACUCAAAAUGAAUGGUUGGGCUACCCCUUCAUUUUUUUUUUUUUUUUUUAUUUUUUAUGAAUGAAUAAAAAGAGUUUGUAGGACUGUGGAAGCAGUUUGUUUGGGCAGGUUGCUCGGGACACUUAGACUGUUUUAAACUCUUCUGAUGUUUCAAAGAUGUGCUGUAUGUUUUGUCUUUAUGAUCUUGGGUUCUCAAUUGCAGUACUUGAAUAAACUGUUUUAUUGAUGUGUUUCAA